AUGAUACCCGGCAGAGGUUACUAUUACGAUAUCUGUAGAAGGUAUCUCAUGAUAGUAGGCCAGUGGCCUUAUCAGAAGCCGAAAGAGAGGCUGAUUUUCUUGACAUUUAUAAUGAUACUUGCAAUCUCUUCAUUCAUUCCACUGACAGCAAAAUUCACCAUAUGCAAAAGCGCGCAGUGCAUCUACGAGGCUUUACCUCCAUACAUGCUGGGAGUGAUAAUUAUAUUGAAAAUUUUCACGUAUCAGUUUAACAGCCGGAAUAUUAAAGAUCUCACAGAUCGCUUAUUCGUAGACUGGGAUAUGCUCCAGACUAAGGAAGAACACGACAUUAUGAGAAAGUAUGCCGAAAGAGGCAGAUGGUACUCGCUGAUAUAUGGCUGUAAGUAAUUCGCAAUUAAGAUCAAGGCUUGAUCUUAAUUGAGAAAUUUAUUUCCUUGUAUACCUAAAAAAAUUUAAAUUGAGAUUAUACGUUUUCUUUGCAUUUGGAUGUGUUGUUUGAAUUAAAUAAAAAUGGAAAUAAAAGUAUUUCAAAAACUAAAUAUAAAAAGAUAUUAAUAAAAUUUAACAACUUUAUUGUAUAAGAGAUGUAUAAAAAAGGCUUCUCUUCUAGAAAAAGUCAUCAGUCAGCUAGCUAAAAAUAUUUAAACGUACAA